AUGGCUGGGGAAACCGGCCCGAUCGAAGCAACCAAGACUCUGGCCAUGGUCAUAGCAGGCCUCUUCUCCCUAGCUAUCUUCAUGGGACUGGAAAUCAUCUUCUUGAUAUUCACGACCUUUCGUCGGCGAAAUGGCCUAUACUUCUGGAGCAUGUUGAUCUCCGCCAUGGGAAUCAUCCUCCACACCCUCUGUGCAUUCCUUCGCUAUUUCUCGCUCGCCCCGAACAUCCCCAUGUGCGUUUUAAUUUGUAUCGGGUGGUACGCCAUGGUCACUGGCCAGUCUGUUGUGCUCUAUUCACGACUCCACCUCGUGACAACUGUGGAUCGCGACUACCGCUGGAUACUGUACAUGAUCGUGUUCAACUUCUGCGCCCUGCAUAUCCCAACCACGAUAUUAUUCUUCGGGAGCAAUCUGGGUGUUAAGAGCUUUGUCAAGCCGUUUAAUAUCUACGAGCGUUUUCAGUUAACUGCCUUCACGGUCCAGGAGACUAUUAUCAGUGCCCUAUACAUCUGGGAAACACUCACGGAACUGAGACCUGUUCUUAUUCUGAAGGGCUCGUGUGGCCAGAGAGUCAUCCGGAACGUUAUUCUCGUCAACAUAAUUGCCAUUUUACUCGAUGCAUCACUUUUGGUCGUCGAGUUUACGAACCACUUCCCCGUUCAAACGACCUACAAACCCGUUGUCUAUGCGCUGAAGUUGAAAAUGGAGUUCAUGGUACUCAAUACUCUUCUCGCUGUGAUUCGCAAAGAUCCGCCUACUAUUGAGGCUCAUGAGAUGCGCGAGGAAAACAUUUCUUCGAUGCCGGGUUCGAAAUGGAGUUCGAAUAACCGGGCGAGUGAAAUGGACAUGUCACAUAUCCCUUCUAGUUCUGAAUCGUCUGUGCCUAUUCGGUUCAAUCGAGAAUCUGUAUAA